GCGGCUCCGGAGGGGUGAGAGGGAAGCGGGCUGCGAGGCCCGAGCAGGAGGAAUCGUUCCCUUCGGCCGGCGGAGGGGCCACUCGGAAGCGGAGUGGGUUCGGCGCCGCGGCAGCGCCCGCCGAGAAGCAGCAGGGAGCGGCCGGUCGCUGGUUCGUCUCCUCGCUAGGGCUUCUCCUGCCGGCUGAGGGCGGACUUCGGAGGAAAAUGGAGCCUUUUCCCGGCGUGCCUCCCCUGUCUUCUGCCUCUUUUGCUGGCCAUGCAGCAGCACAUGCCAUGGCUGGGCUUGGAGCUGUGUACUGAUUGGCCGCCAUCUUUUGGAGUGGUUCAGAUAUCAAAUUCAGUUACCCAGGAAUAUGAUUGAAAACAGCAUGUUUGAAGAAGAGCCCGAUGUGGUUGACUUGGCAAAAGAGCCUAGCUUACAUCCCCUGGAGCCUGAUGAAGUAGAAUACGAACCAAGGAGCUCCCGACUCUUGGUGCGUGGCCUUGGAGAGCAUGAGAUGGAUGAUGAUGAAGAGGAUUACGAGUCAUCAGCAAAAUUGCUGGGGAUGUCCUUCAUGAAUAGAAGCUCAGAUCUCCGGAAUAACAUGUCUGUCUAUAGGCAAAAUCCAAGUGGAUCAUGUUUGGUGCCCUCUGUGAGGUCCAUGGCAGUUUGCACAGUUGUUAUUGCAAUUGCAGUUGCACUAAUAAUAACGCUUUAUCUUCUUCCCAAAUGUACCUUUACCAAAGAAGGCUGCCAUAAAAAAAAUCAUACAAUGGAACUAAUAUACCCUUUGGCAACCAAUGGAAAACUAUUUCCAUGGGCAAAAAUUAGACUUCCUGGUGAUGUUGUGCCACUGCAUUAUGAACUUGUCUUGCAGCCAAACCUCACUACUCUGAAAUUUUCAGGCUCUGUGAAGAUCAUGGUUAACGUCGUCCGUGCAACUCAGAAGAUAGUGCUUCACAGUUCAGGACUUAAUAUCACCAAGGCAACCCUUAGUUCAGCAGGAGGGCAUCAAGCAAAGCCAGUUGAACUCUUAGAAUAUCCAUUGCAUGACCAGAUUGCAAUCAUGGCUCCUGAGGCUCUUCUUAUAGGACAGAAUUAUACUGUCAACAUAGAAUAUUCAUCUAAUUUAUCAGAUACCUAUUACGGCUUUUACAAAAUUUCCUACAAGGAUGAGAAUUCUAAGCAAAGGUGGUUUGCAGCAACUCAGUUUGAACCUCUGGCAGCAAGAUCUGCUUUUCCGUGCUUUGAUGAACCAGCAUAUAAAGCUACUUUUUUAAUCAAGGUCAAAAGAGAUGAGAAACUUACCUCUCUGUCAAAUAUGCCAAAGAAAGCCACUACUCCUGUGAUAAGUGGAAUUGUUCAAGAUGAGUUUUUUGUGAGUUUGAAGAUGAGCACCUACCUAGUAGCCUUUGUUGUUGCAGACUUGAAAAAUAUCAGUAGGGAAACUAAUGGAAGUCUGGUAUCAGUCUAUGCUGUACCGCAGCAUUUAAACCAAGUUGGGUAUGCCCUAAACACAGCAGUGAAACUUCUGGAAUUUUAUCAAAAGUAUUUUUUAAUAAACUACCCUCUUGAAAAAUUAGAUCUGGUGGCAAUCCCUGAUUUUCAGUCUGGUGCAAUGGAAAACUGGGGCUUGAUCACCUUCCGAGAAAAAGCCCUGUUGUUUGACAGCAAUACUUCUUCAGCAAGGGAUAAAAAGUUAAUAACUGCAGUGAUAGCACAUGAGCUUGCCCAUCAGUGGUUUGGCAAUCUAGUAACUAUGGAAUGGUGGAACGAUCUCUGGCUGAAUGAGGGAUUUGCCACUUUCAUGGAGUACUUUGCCAUGGAGGAAAUUUUUCCAGAAUUACAUUCAGACGAAGAUUUCCUUAAUUUAAUUUUCAAGGCUAUGAUAAAGGAUUCCUUGAAUUCUUCACAUCCGGUCUCUUCUGCUGUUCAGUCUUCAGAGCAAAUUGAAGAAAUGUUUGAUGCACUUUCUUAUAUCAAGGGGGCUUCACUUCUUAUGAUGCUGAAGCACUAUCUCACUAAGGAUGUUUUCCAAGCUGGUAUUGAGGUGUACUUGCAUAAUCACAAGUAUGGAUCUGCCAACAGUGAUGACUUCUGGGAUAGCAUGAAUGAGAUUACCAAUGGGACACUGGAUGUAAAAAAGUUGAUGAAAACUUGGAUUCUGAAUAAAGGAUUUCCUUUAGUAACUGUUGUCCGAAAGGGAAAGAUUGUUUCUGUACAACAAGAGAAAUUUUUGUAUCGCAUGGAACCAGAAAAUUGGACAUCAGAUGCAAGUAAUGUGUGGGAAAUUCCUCUCACCUACAUAACUAGUAGCUGCAACUUUACCCACUGUAUUAAUGCAUAUUUACUGGACCAAAAGUCAGCUGUCAUUGAACUCGCAGAAGAGGUGGAAUGGAUAAAAUUCAAUGUGGACAUGAAUGGCUAUUAUGUAGUACACUAUGCUGAAGACUGGAAAACACUGAUUGAGCUGUUGAAAAAAAACCACACUCUUUUGAGUUCUAAGGACAGAGCAAAUUUGAUCAACAAUAUCUUCAGCCUUGCAAGCCUAGGAAGAGAGUCUCUGGAAAAGGCCUUUGAGCUGAUUGAUUACCUUAACAAAGAGAGCAGCACUGCACCACUCACUCAAGCUUUGUUUCAGCUGAGUCUUAUAUACAGCCUUCUAGAGAAAAAGGGUGAACAACUGCUGGCAGCAAGAGUCAUGCAUAGAAUAGAGAGCUUGAUUGGAGAUAAAAUUGAUCAACAGACCUGGACAGAUGAUGGGACCCUGUCUGAACGAGAGCUCCGGUCAACACUGCUAACUUUUGCCUGCACCCAUGAUAUAAGAAAUUGUAGAACAACUGCCAUUCAGAAGUUUGAGGAAUGGAUGAUGUCUAAUGGAACAGUGAGUCUGCCUAGUGAUGUUAUGAGAGCCAUAUUUACAGCUGGAGCCAAAACUAGUGAUGGCUGGGAAUUCCUCCUAAUGGCUUACUCCUCUUCAGUUUCUGAAGCAGAGAAAAGCAAAAUGAUUGAAGCCUUGGCCAGCACAGAAGAUGUCAGAAAGCUGAUAUGGUUGAUGCACAACAGCCUUGAAGGAGAAGUCAUCAGGACACAGGAGUUUUCACAUAUCAUAGCAACUGUUAGCCAGAGUUUGCCUGGGCACUUGUUGGCCUGGGACUUUGUCAAAGAGAACUGGGAAAGGCUUAUACGAAAGUUUCACCUAGGCUCAUACACUAUCCAGAAUAUCAUUCGUUGGUCAACUUCUCAGUUUGCAACAAAGGCACAUCUACUUGAGGUGAAGUCAUUUUUUGAAUCAAAAUCAGAGGAGAGUUCUCAACUGCGUUGUGUAAAAGAGGCAAUUGACACAAUUCAGCUCAAUAUCUGGUGGAUGGAGAGGAACUUAGCAAAGCUACAAGAACUGCUGUAGUAAGCAUAAUACUGUGCUGUGUCAGCAUUUAGGAGUUAUAUGGGGAAUUGCUGUGUUUCUAUUGCAAAAGUCAGGGUGAAACCAGGCAUCGUUGCAACAUUGUUUGCACUAUUAAGGAGUCUAGAUAGCUCAGGGCAUGACUUGGAUAAAUUUUUAUUUUCCUUGGAGCAUUUAUGAGCAAGAUAUAUCUAUUUAUUCUGAAACUGUUAUCUGUAGACCAAACAACUGCACAAAUGAUUAAAUGUAAUUUUAUAUUUGAAACAUAUGCCCUUUUAUUUGCAGUUGUGUUGUGUGAUAGUUUCUUGGCAGUGGGUUAAUAUUGACAGUGUCAGAAAGAAAGAAAGAAAGAAAGAGUUACCAUGAACUGUUACUUCUUUGCAGACUGUUCCUUGAGCAGUAGACUUUUUAAUAUAAAACUGUGAGUGGUUUCCAGAUUUGUAGAUACAGAAGCUGCUGUGAGACAAAAUCAUACUUCAGAUACAUAAGUAAUAGUGGAUCUUAAUAAGUGCACCAGUUUGAGGUUAAAUAAAUAAGAUCCCAAUUUUAUUUAAGUUCGGAUUUUUUAUUUUCGGCAGUGUUCUUUAGGAAUUGCACACACAAAAAGUAGGAAUAAUAUCUCAUGCUAAUAAUAUGUACACUUUGAUGUAUUGAGUCGCUAUGUAGCAGUAAUGAAAAGAAAAAUGAGAUAGCAAACCCAGGUAUAUUAGAGAUGGCAUUUCCAGAAACACUGUUGUGACCUUGGAACCUUUAUUCUGAAUAUAUUAGACCUUCUUUUGAGAAUCUCAUUAACCAUUGAACUUUAAUGUAUUUUGCUGUAUUGAUCUCUGAGCAACUACACAAAAUUGCAAACAGGUCCUAAAAACAGUUUGCUUCAUUUUUUUGACUGACUACUGAUUUGUGCCCUUUUGACUACUCAUUUUUAAUUUCACCAACUGUUGCAGAGAGUCUGCAAUUAAUAGAUAUGUCAGCCACUUCAUUCAGGUAAACUGUUUUUUUCUUGCCUGGUAACUCUCAUAUCACAGUAUAAUUUGUGAACAUUGCUCACUCUUUAUAACAUUAGCUGUAGGGAAGCUUCUUAUUUAGAUUUUAAUGUUUUGUUCUUCUACUGUUGUGAAAAACCUUGUGAGACAAGUCUUCAAAGUCUUUUAAAGAAAAGGAUAUAACCCCCUAAUAUGCUACAUUAGGAAGGUGAAAUACCUACUCUUAAUCUGCAUCUCUUCCAACGGCAGUGAAAAAGGCCAUUUUUGAGGUAUACCAUAUAUAUACAACACAUGCAAGAGUAAACAUACCUUUUUACCUGAAGAUCUGUUCUAUGCAUUUCACUGAUGAUGCACUUUGUGUGGAGUCAUUGAAGCAGAUUGAGACCUGUUGUUUCAUCAUCCAAUUAUGUAAUCAGUCAUAAAAUAUGAUGAAAGCACUAACAAUUAAAAGUUGUAAAAUUUUAGUUAAUUCAAUUCCAACUACAAUAAAAUCUGAAAAUGAUAUUAGUUUGAAUUAGUGCUAAAUUAACGGAUUUAAAUUUUGUCACAGGGUAAUUAAAAUUGAAUGCUUUAGUUUAUGAAACUGCAGCACUGACUGCUUAUUUGAUUAGUAAAAAUUGUAAGCUAUGGUUGCUUAAACCGUACCAUACUUUUGCCGUCUUUUCAUCAUAUCUGACAAAACUUCUGGAAAAUAAACUCUUCAUUUUCCAGGUCACAUUAGCAUAGCAGAUGUCAUUUUUAACCCUGAGAUUAUCAGAAUGUUAGACCUUAUGAGUAUGCAAAUAGGCGUUUGACUGAAAGGCCUAGAAUUUUUUUCAUACACUGAAGAACAAGGUAGCAGUAUGAGCAUUGAAAAUAAACAAUGCUUCCUUAUAAGUUAUGGAAUUAAAGUUGUAAUUGAGUAUGUUCUUGGAAUUUUUGUACUGUUGUGUGUUAUGGCUUCAUUUCUUCCUUUAUUUUAAACCUUUGGAAUCUCUACAGAAAUAUUAGUUUCAUCUCUGCAUAUUUGUGUGUGUAUAUAUAAUCAUCUCUCAUAUAUAUCAUCUCUUUUUCUAGCCACUUUUUCAUAUUAAACGAAAAGUCAGUAUUAAACUUUCACUUUUCUAUUCAUUCUAUCCCCUCACACAUUUUUUACCUCAUCACUGACUACAGUAUCGAGGCAUACAAAAUUUAAGAUGGAAGCUUUCAGUUUUGGGCACUUUUUCUUGGGAGCCAUUGCUGGUGAUGUCCCUGUAGGACCUUCAGGUCUAGGGUUAGGGUGUGACACAGAUGCAGGACAAAGAGCAGAGCCUUGUUGUUUGUGGGACUGUGAAAGAGCUGCCAAAGCUUUCUGUCCUUUCCACUUUUUCCUCAGAGCCAUUACUGGCAAGUCUCUGUUUUGGGCUUAGAGUGGGGCUGUGAAGGAACAGACAAGGAAUAGUGAAGGCAAUCAAAAGCUUUCAGUCUAGGACAUUUUUUCAUGGGAGCCAUAGCUGGCAGCUUCCAUCCAGUUUAAUCAGCAAGUGACAACAGCAGACAUGGGAAGUGCUGCAGCGGGGCACUAAAUGCAGGCAGAAAAUGUGCUCUCUGGAGCGAGGGAACCCCCCAGCAGGGAGUGAGCUGCCAGGUGGCUCAGGUAUGUCUAGUCUAUUAGUACAUGGCUCCAUGGUUGGUGUCACCAUAACAACUUGGGGGUUUCACAGUGGGAUGGCCUGCAUGAUGCCAGGUUUACAGGUAUCAGAUGAGAGCCACCUUUCUCAAAGGGACAAGAGGGUCUUUGCUCAGGAGCUUGCAGGGCUCACUGAUGGCUUUAAACUAGAUGUGAAAGGGGAGGGGAAUAAUAUCAGGCUUGCCUAUGACAAGCUGCAGGAGGACACAGUGGUUGGAGGGAUGGCGUGCUGUUAUGGGCCCUCCACCUGCUGUGCUGGGACAUGCUGGGGAUGCUGUGUCACACUUGAAGUUUUGCAGAGAUGAGUGGGAGGCUCCUGAGGUAGGUGCUAGGAAGGAGACUUCCAAAGAACAUCUUAAAGGAAAUAAAGGGCGUUCCACUAAGAAGGUGAUGCAGCCAGCAGCCCAGUUGAAGUUCCACUACACAAACACAUGAAGCUUCGGCAACAAACAGGAGGAGCUGGAAACUACGGUGAUACUAGAAAGCUAUGACCUGGUUGCCAUCGCUGAAACAUGGUGGUAUAAAACCCAUGACUGGAGAGUGGCCAUUGAUGGCUACAGGCUGUUCAGAAGGGACAGACAGGGAGGCAGUCAUGGAGGUUUUGCUCUCUCUAUCAGGAAAUGGAUAAAGUGCGAAGAGCUGUCAUUGAAGAGUAGCCACAAACAGGUUGAAAGAUUGUGGGUCAGAAUUAAAGACUGAGGAAGGAACCUUGUGGUUGGUGUCUACUACAGGCCUCCUUAUUAAGGAGAGCCUACAGCUGAAGCCACCUUGCUCCAGCUACAGCAGCCUUACAGCUUGCAAUCUCUCAUCAUACUGGGGGACUUCAACCACCCUGACAUAUACUGGAAAAGUAGCACAGCAGGCUGUAGGCAAUCCAGGAGAAUCCUAGAGUACAUUGAAGAUCAUUUCUUAACCCAGGUAUUAGACACCCCCACCCAAGGGGAUGCAAUACUGGAUCUGAUGGUCACCCAUACAAGUGAGCUUAUCAGUGAUGUCAAGGUAGUCAGAUCCCUCAAUUUCAGGAAAGCAGACUUCCAGCUCUUCAAGGAGUUAGUCAGUAGGACCUACUGGGAAAUGUUCCUUCGGGACAAAGGAGCAGAACAAAGCUGGCAGAUAUUUAAGGAUGCUUUACGUAGAGUGCAGGAGUGCUCGGUCCCCAGAUGUAGGAAAUCAGGCAGGAAGGCAGCAGACCAGCACAGCUGAGUCAAGAACUGUUGGUCAGACUGAACGGCAAGAGGGAACUGCACAGGCAGUGCAAGCAGGGACAGGAAACCUGGGAAGAGUAUAGGGACGCUGCCUGGUUGGGUAGAGAUGAAGUCAGGAAGGCCAAGGUGCAGCUGGAGCUGAACUUGGCAAGGGAAACAAAGAAUGACAAGAAGACCUUGUUGUGUCAGACACAUUUUGCUUUAGAAAAAAAUAUUAAAAAAUAUUAAAAAAAUCAUGGUACGUGUUUUUCUUCCAAGCUUUCAGACCCUAGGAUAUAGCAUAAUAGAAGUCACGGUAAUAAUUCUGAAAAGAGAAGUUCCAUAAUCUUCAUCACUUAAUAUAGUAGGAAUAAAGGAAUUAAAUUUAUUGGUAAUUGUGCAGACACAAUAAAAAUCUAAGCACUUCUCAGAUCUGUACAACACUGUUAUACUAUGUAACUUUGAGCUAGAUUUAUACCUGAGAUCUUGGAAUGAAGGGAAAAUUGUAAACAAGAAUUGCUGGCUUCAAAGAACACAUAUUCAUUGUAUGCAUUGCUCAUGUUUCUACAAAUACUAAACAAACCUUAAGAGUAGUAACUGCUAUCAGGUGUAUUGUUGUAAUUUUUAAUUAAACCAAACAAACACCUGUUUGUAUCGUGGGUAACAUUUUAAAUUUCAAUUUCAUCUCACUGUAAAAAUUUGUUUUAAAAAAUUUCCCUUCCUUCUCUCUCAAGAGAAAUCUGCAAAACAGAAGGUUCUUACUCUGAAC